ACUCCAACAUGGAAAUUAUCAUCAACAACUUAUCUUCUUCCUCCACAUCUCUCUCUAUUUCUCCUUUACUUCUCUCCCUCUAUCUUUCGUUCCCAUCAACACCUCCAUGGAUAACCAAUCACCAACACCACCACCAUUCAAGACCUUCAAAUUAACAGCCUCUUCAAUCUCCUAUACCAAAUCAACCACCACUUCCACAACCCUUGCACCACUCUUAUUCUUCAAACCUUGCACCACAAACCCUCCAAAUUACAUCCUUAAUGAUGUCUCUCUCACUGCCUAUCCCUCUCAAAUUUUGGCCAUUGUUGGUCCUAGUGGUGCAGGUAAGUCCACUCUCCUUGACAUUUUAGCUGCUCGUACUUCACCCACAAAUGGCACUCUUUUUCUCAACUCUUCACCUCUCAACCCUUCUUCAUUUCGCAAACUCUCUGCCCAUGUCCCCCAACACGAUGCAUGUCUUCCAUUACUCACUGUUUCUGAGACCUUCGCUUUCACUGCAUGUCUUUUAGUCCCUAAAACAUCUGAUAUUGCCUCCAUUGUUUCCUCACUUCUCACUGAGCUCAAACUAACACACUUAUCAAACACUAGGCUCGCUCAGGGCCUAUCGGGUGGUGAACGUAGACGCGUUUCAAUAGGCCUAAGCCUUCUUCAUGACCCUGCAGUGUUACUUCUCGAUGAACCCACUUCAGGACUUGAUAGCUCCUCAGCUUUGAGCGUAAUGCAAACACUUAAAACCAUAGCAACUUCGCGUCACCGCACUGUGAUUUUGUCUAUACAUCAACCAAGCUUCAAGAUACUCUCUACCAUUGAUAGAGUCCUCUUGCUAUCAAAAGGGACUGUAGUACACCAUGGUACACUUUCUUCACUUCAAACAUUCUUAGUCUCAAAUGGCUUCACUGUCCCUCCACAGCUCAAUGCAUUAGAAUAUGCCAUGGAAAUACUAAACCUUCUCAAUGAUCUUAAGCCCAUCACACCCCCAUCCCUUCCUCCAUCACCCACUAAAUCCAUAGCUGCUCCUUCUGAUUAUAUUGAAGGGAAAAAGAUAGGAUACAAGAGCUCUAGGGUCCACGAGAUUCUUGCCCUCUAUAAUAGGUUUUGGAAGAUCAUUUUCAGAACCAGACAGCUUCUUUUAACCAACACAUUGGAAGCUCUUGUUGUCGGUCUUGUUCUUGGAACCAUUUACAUUAAUAUUGGUUUUGACAAGGAAGGUAUCGAAAAGAGGUUUGGUCUCUUCGCUUUCACUCUCACUUUCCUUCUGUCUUCAACAACUGAAACACUUCCAAUCUUCAUCAAUGAAAGGCCAAUACUUUUAAGAGAAACUUCUAGUGGGGUUUAUAGACUUUCUUCUUAUCUCAUAGCAAACACUCUUGUUUUCUUGCCUUACUUGCUCGUGAUCGCAAUGAUAUACUCAUUCUCGGUAUAUUUCUUGGUGGGUCUUUGUGCUUCAUGGCAAGCUUUCUCUUACUUUGUAUUGGUGAUUUGGGUGAUAGUUCUAAUGGCAAACUCAUUCGUGCUCUUCUUGAGCUCACUUGCCCCAAACUACAUUGCGGGCACUUCGCUCGUGACAAUACUUUUAGCGGCUUUCUUCCUCUUCUCUGGCUACUUCAUCUCCUCAGAGAGUAUGCCAAAGCAUUGGCUUUUCAUGCAUUUCCUUUCAAUGUAUAAGUAUGCACUUGAUGCCCUCCUCAUCAAUGAGUAUUCUUGCCUUGUCUCAAGGUGUUUGAUCUGGUACGAAGAGAACAAAGAGUGCAUGGUGACUGGAAGCGAUGUGUUGGAUAAAAGAGGGCUCCAUGAGAGGCAGAGAUGGACAAAUGUUUACAUCUUGGUUGGUUUCUUUGUGUUCUAUCGCGUGCUUUGUUUCCUGGUUUUGAUCAGAAGGGUUUCCAGAUCCAAGAAAUGACACUAUCAUAUUUACUUUUUUUUGCUGAAUUGUUUUUUGCUUUUUAUUUUUAUUUUUGCUUUUGUUUUUCAAGAACUGAAGCUCCUGUAAUGCAUGGUUCCUCAGGCUUUAAUUCAUUAUAGAGAUAAUUAAAAUACAGUAAUAAAAGAUGUUUCCUUCAUGAA